UUAUUAAGAGAAUUGGAAGUGGAGCGUUUGCAGAUGUGUACCAAGCAGAUUUAACAAACUCAAAUUUAAAAAAUUUAAAGUGUGUUGCAUUGAAGGUCUUCAGGCAAUUUGAAGAAUCCGAGGCUCUUCGAAAAGCUAUACUGAAAGAGGUCGCUGACUUUGGGUUGUCUAGAUGUUUAUCUGAUGCGUCAAAAACUAUUACAGGACUUGCUGGUUAUAUACCAUACAUGGAUCCUUAUGUCCUUAAAAAUUCUGAGCAGAAAUUACAGAUAAUAAGUAAGGAGUGUGACGUAUACAGCUUAGGUGUACUCUUAUGGGAAAUAUCAAGUUUACAUCCUCCAUUUGAGGAAGAAGACAGAAGAGCUCUGUAUAUUAAGAUAUUAAAUGGUUAUAGAGAGAUACCUAUUUUGGGAACCCCGCCACAGUUUUUUGCUUUAUAUACUGAAUGUUGGCAGGAUGAUCCGAAAAAACGUCCUACCAUUGAUAAAGUUGUAUAUGAACUCAGUGAUGACAAAAGUGAUGGUAUUAAUGAGACAAUUAAUUCAUUGAAUGAAGAAGCGUCGUCCUUCGUACCAAUGGAAUAUGAAGUAACAAGGAUUGAAGAAAAUCAAUUUCGUA